GACUGGACUAAGCUCGAUUGGUAUUUCGCCGUUAGGAGGCAAGUUGUUUUACUGGAUCAACGAUGAAGGGUAUAAUAGUGUUGACUACUGCUUGUCUGGCGCUAGCUCAGGCAAAAUUUAUAUUUGAAAGCCCUAUUCCUGUUCGUGAAGCUCAGGGCCUAGAAAAAAGUACGAGAAUCGUCAAUGGACAUCCCGCUCCGCCAGGUCGGUUUCCAUAUCAAGUUUGGCUCCGCGGGACUCCGGAGUCUGGUGGUGAUCGAGCAUGUGGAGGUUCUCUGAUUUCCUACGAUUGGGUAUUGACGGCUGCCCAUUGCAUAACGGGAAUAGUUCGCUUCACCUUAACGAUGGGAACCAUCAAUCGUAAUCAGCCGGUGUUCCUUGGACAUUCAACACACUUCAUCAUUCAUCCGCUGUAUGAUAGGAGUCACUUGAAUAACGAUGUGGGAUUGAUCUUGCUGGAUUCACCGGCUCCUCAGAACUCUCCCUACAUCAAACCGAUUACCCUUCCCGCCCCGGGACGAACGAGCGAAACCUUCCUGAACUAUCGGGCAACUGUUUCCGGUUUUGGGCGAACGAUUGAUAUUCCCGGAAGUGGACAAUCGCAUACACUGAAUUGGGUUGACGUUAGGGUCAUUUCGAAUGCCGAAUGUAGUGCGAUUUAUGGCUCGACCGUAAUUGUCGGUUCAACGAUUUGUGCCAUUGGGGCCGAUGAUCCCAGUCAGAAUCCUUGCGGUGGGGAUUCCGGGGGACCGUUGACAGUUCAGGAGAACGGACGUAGCUUGCAGAUUGGAGUGGUUUCAUUUGUAUCUUCGUCUGGGUGUACGUCGGGACGUCCGGCAGGUUAUGCUCGGACUACCCAUUUCAUUGACUGGAUUAGCCAAGAAACUGGGCUGACGUUUGGAUAAAGAUUGUUUGACUUGGUUUCGAUUUGAAGUUUUAUACAAUAAAGUUUUUCUUAAAUCAUGGUCAUAA